UAUUGAUGGCGAUCGCAGUUACGGAUGUUGCAAUUGUCGAUGGACGUUCGGUUCUUCCUCGCCCAGCGGGUUUUUGGCCGCUCACAAAACGAUACCGGGGCUUGGACGUCAGUGGGAACGGUAACCACGCCCUAGUGCAGGAGGUCGAUUUCAACGCAGACAUUUAUGGCACUGGUGAAGGCUCGGCUAAAUUUGCAGGCACAGUUUCUUCCUUCGUCGAAAUCCCAAACAAUGGAGCACUGAACGUCAGUUCUUUCACGUGGCUGGCCUACGUGCGCCUACGAAGCAUGUCAAAUCCGGGUCCACUGUUUAACUUUCGUGGUAGCGAGGACACAUAUUAUUACGGAACUCACAUAUGGGCUGGCUUAUAUGGGAAACUCUACAUUCGCCCUAUGACAAAGGAGAUAGUCAGUCUUCCAGAGUCCUAUUACUUAUAUGUACUCACUGACGCUGCCUGGGUCUAUGCCGGUUUCACGUACGAUGCCAAGUCCGGGCUGAUCAGGAUGUGGGUGGACGGCGUCGAAGCGGGCCAGCUUCAGAACACCCCUCACCUGAAUCAUAUCACCGACACACCUGUCCGCAUCGGCGCCAAACACAGCUCCACGGGAGACCCCAGGUAUUUCUCCGGUGCCAUGAAUUGUGUCCAAUGGUACGGAGCCGCUUUAUCUGCAGAACAAAUCCAACAGACCGUGGAGCUGUGCAGAGAGACUGUACACGGAGCACAGUACAAGGUUCACCGUGGUUACGCUAUUGGCACUGACUCUUCACUUACAUACAGAUCCGAGCAGAACAUCCAUUGUCUCAUAGAAUGCACCGCCCUCUGUUCCCGAGACUACAACUGUCUAUCAGUGAAUUAUUUGGAGUCUACUUCAACCUGUGAGCUCAGCAAAUACUCCACCGUCUACAACAGCAGCCUGCAGCUUACCCGACGUUCAGAGGGCGAGGUGCACGCCGAACUGUUGCAUCCAGUGAAUGUGUAGUGUGGUUAAUUUCAGUGGCGAGUCCAGACUAAGGGCUCAUUCCCAAUGCAACUACCGUUCUACGUAGAUCGAUCCAAAUCCACGGGGGACUUUUGCUGAAUGCAAUCAAAUUAACACUACCCCUCUAUGAUAAACGUGAUAAACGUAAUUUCCAUGAUCUUUAGUACUCUCUUACCACAGGCUCUGCAAGUGCUGUAGUCUGUUUCAAAAUUAUUAUAUCGGAUGCUCUACUUAAAUUUUGUAUUCAUUCUAGAGGCUCUUGAUAUGAAAGGAUAGAUCUUUAUACGGUUGAAAGCCUAGCCAGCGUUCUUCUGCACAUGCCUUUUUGGCUGUUGAGAUUAUUUUUUAUUUACUACUCAUUCCUUUAUUUGUGCGGGCUGUAAAAGCUAAUGAGGUUUAUACAUUUAACAAACUAAUCAAUAUUUUGCUUAAAAUAUGAAAAUUAAUGUUUGUUGUAAGAUGUCAUGGAUUGUGCGACAGACUGCCCGAUAAGGAGAGAGAUAG